AUGAGCUAAAAGUUCAUAUUUUUAUCUAUUUUUUUCUUAGUUAUUAUUAGUGCUAUUCGAUCAGAUAAUCUAUAAAACUAAUAUGUUAGCUGCUUAAAAACAAAUGGGUGCUAUAAUUUAUAAUGUGCUUCAAUAAAUGGAUACCUUGAUUAAUGCUUUAAGGAGGCUAUAUUAUACAAUUAAUGUCUAAAUGCUUAUUCUAUUUAGAGUGCAUUCAAACUAGAAUCUUAAGAGGAUAAAGAUUUCAAUAUUUAUAAUUAUUAUCAUUAUCAUUAGACUUGUUCUUAAAAUUUAUAUAGUAGCAGUGUCCUAAAAUUCUCAUAAUGCAGUUAGAACUGUGCUUUAAUUUCAUAAAAUUCAUUUUAGAUAAUACAAAACGAAUGUAUAAAUCAGUGCGGCUCAUUAAAUUGUGAAUAUAUUGACAUCAAUAAUAACUUUGAAAAAGAUAAAUGUAAUAAUAGUUUAACCUUAUAUUAAUAAUGUGAAUAAAAAUAGCCAGAAUGCAUUUAUUACUACUAAUCUAAAAAAAAUGACUACUUCUAAAAUUACAAAUAAUGCUUUAAUCUGUGCAAACAGUUCAUAGAAGGCAAUGCUAGACUUUUAAAUAUAGUUGAGUGUACAUCGAAUUGCCCAAAUUAAAGCAAAUCAAAUUCUAAAUAAAUUAGUUCUCAUAUAAUUAAUACUUUUAAUAUUUAAUUAAUUUUUUUACUUUUGUUAUAACUAUUUAUUUGA